UUUCCUAUUUAGGAUAUAACCAGCGCUCCCCCAUUCCCUCCUUUACAGCUCAAAGACAGCAACAUUUUCAAACCAAAAAACUCAACCUCACCACAACAAAACUCAGACUCCAAUCUGAUCAUCUAUCACACCCAACAAAAAAGCAAGACAUCAUAUUCAGCAAGUUUAAUUUGAUCCGAUGGAUCAUGGUCAAGACACAGAAGAAGGAACAGAAAGCCUUCGUUUGCAGAUCGAGGACCCUACCGUUUUCGAACCACAAAGCAGUAUCGACACGGAGAAUUUCACUAGCAACGUCAAUCCCAAUCCCCCAUCAGGUCCCACGGCUCAUGCACCGGAAAAGAAGCUAACCCUCUUUGCUCUCCGGCUAGCAGUGUUGGAAAAAACAGCGACGGGGUUGGGAACUCUGGGUUUUAUCUGGGCAACAGUUGUUUUACUUGGUGGCUUUGCAGUCACCCUUAGUGUAACGGACUUCUGGUCCAUAACCAUAAUUCUGUUAAUUGAGGGGACCCGGAUAUUCAGCCGGAGCCACGAGCUCGAAUGGCAACAACACCAAGCCACGCAUGUGAUCGCAGAUGUCGGAAUCCGCGCAAUAAGAUCAAGCUCACAAGUCAUGAUUCAAACCGUGAAGGCAAGUUGUUUCCGGCCUGUUAAUGUGGUUCGGAAGCAGAGUCCACAGAGUACCAGACAAAUAAACAAGAGCUUGCACCUGGAAAAGAGCCGGCGAAAGUGGGACCGGAAAAAGAAGCUGACUCGGACGUGGGAGACCUCGGACGUUCCAAUUUUUAAUUUUUCCCAGUGGGCCUUUCAGGCCAAGAAUGUCAGCAAGGUUCUGUUCUGGCUCCAGUUGGCAUCUGCAACAGCAUGUACAGUUUUGUCACUAAUGAAACUCAUCGAACGUAACUACGGUGAGGUGGAGAAAGGAGAUACUGAUAAGAGGAACCGCAAAGCGGCUCUGAUUAUAUUCUACUCCUUGGCAUUUGCAGAAGCAGCGCUUUUUCUGCUGGAGAAAGCAUAUUGGGAAUGGAAGGUGAUUUACUGCAAGGUGUUGGAAGAAGUGAACGAGGAGUGCGAGCUGGGGCCUUCAGGUAUGGUCUCAGUUACAAGAUUCUUCUAUGAUGCCUAUUCGAGAUGCGUAAAUGGAAGCAUUUUUGAUGGAUUAAACACGGACAUAGUUUCGUUCGCCAUGGACAUCUUGGCUUCGAAUUCGCUGGAUGAACAGCUCAGUGGAAUUCGGGUCUUACAUAAAUUCGCGAUGAAUGAGCGGUUCUCUAACGAUACUCUACAAAAGAUCGGAACGACGUUACCGGUUGUGGAAAGGUUAGUCGAAAUGCUGAAUUGGAUAGAUCCGGAAAAAGAAGAGAUCAGGCUAUCUGCGGCGGAGAUAUUAUCAAAACUAGCCGGUAAGGACCAAAAUGCUCUUCGGGUUUCGGGAAUACCUGGUGCAAUGGAGUCCAUAUCAUCUCUGCUUCUGAACCACAGGACGCUACCUGGUGCGGAUGAAAUCCCUGAGAAGAAUACCAUCCACGACAAUGAGAGUUAUAGUUUCUGGGAUUUCAAUCAUUUGGGACUUCUCAUUCUAAAGAAACUUGCUCGGGACCAUGGUAACUGCGGAAAGAUAGGGAACACAAGAGGACUCUUGCGUAAAAUCAUAGACUUCACUCACACGGGGGAGAGGUUACUGAAGGAUGAAAAUGUUAUGCCGUCCAAAAUCAAGACGGUGAAACAGUCACUGCAAGUGCUGAAGAUGCUGGCUAGCGCGACCGGGAACACAGGUAAACAGCUCAGGCAUGAAAUUUCUGAAAUUGUAUUCACAAUCAGCAAUGUUAGAGAUAUACUGAAGCAUGGUGAUAAACAAAGGGAGCUACAAAAACUGGGGAUUGAGAUUCUAACCAGUCUGGCAAUUGAUGCGGAUGCAACAGAGAGGAUUGGGGGCACUGGUGGAGUUUUCAAAGAGCUGUUCAAUAUUUUCUUCAAUGAGGGGAUGCCUGAAAAUCAGAACGAUGCAAGAAUCGCAGCAGGAGAUGCACUAGCAAUGCUGGCAUUUGAAAGCAAGAGUAAUUGUUGUAGAAUUUUAAAGUUGAAUGUAAUUGAAAAGUUAAUCAAAGCGUUGGAAGUCCCGUUUCUACGCAUAAAUGCAGCAAGAAUUUUAAGGAAUUUGUGCAUCUACGUCGGAGAAGACUGUUCCCUGCAGCUAAGGGGAGUCAUUAUUGCAGCACCGAUUGUGCUUAGAGCUAUCAUGUCAGAAGAGGACAAAUUGCAAGAAGUGAUGGUGGGACUAGCAGUGGAUGUUUUCAAAUUUAUGAGUAGUGAAGAAUCGAACAUCAUGUACAAGAGAGCUGGAAUUCAAGAGGCUGAAUUGGCUAAGGCACUGGUUCAGAUUCUGAAAAAAUAUCAGAAGCCAUCAAUCAAGACUCCGAGAAUAAGGAGAUUUGUCGUAGAGUUGGCAAUUUGGAUGAUGAGACACGACGAAACAAAUGUGCAAAUUUUCAAGGAUCUUGGAAUGAGAAAGGAGAUGGAGAAUAUCGUGGAGACAACAUCCGAGCUCGAAAACUUCAAUGUUUUCUCUGGUGCCAUUGGAAUGAGCCAGCACAGCACAACCAUUCACUCACUUGUUGAAACCGCAAUGAAGUCACUGGAACGAGCCAGCACAGCACAAUAAUUUUUUUCGAAAUGAUAUUUCUGUUUCGACAAGUCAGGAAAAUGCAAUAAUUGUGUAAGUAUGGGUGCUUGAAGCUCAUAAGCUGUUAUUUUUUAUAUGUACCAAAUGAGUACCAGAAAUUUCUAUGAUUCCAGAUCAAAGCUAUAUCUAUUGAGAC